UAAAUGUCAACAAACAGAUGUCAUCAUUCGGUCAGUGGUUUUUUGUGUUUUGCAAUUUAUGCAGAUAUUCGCGUUGACGAUAUUUUAUUACUAAAAUUAAUCUGAAUAUUUGUGAUUGGAUUAUUACAUAGCUCCAUGUAGCAUAGAAAAUGUCACUACAAAACAUUGGAGCUUUCAUACGCAAAUGCAAUGGGACGACACUUCGUUACGACCAAGCGUGUUUGGAGCUGAUCACCGAUGAAAAAGUGAGAUUUUACAGCCAGUAUGACGAAUGCGAAGGCUGUAAGUUGCUGGAGACGAUCACACUACCUUCCACGGGAGCCGUGGUCCUCGGAACCACUAGUCCUCUCCACUACGCCAUAAAAAAUGACAACGGACAAAUUUGUAAUGGGACAUACCUCUUCGAAGAGUAUGGCCAAUACAGCAUCAACAUAUCCGAGGUGACCAAGGACCUAUGCCUACCCCGAAUGACGGCGGAGCCCGAUGCGGCUCUCCUGCCUAUAUUGAACGCGGUGGUCACACUGUUGUCUAUGGCCACUCUAUGGUAUAUUGUGAAGGGUAUCGGAAAGAGAAUAAUAGCUGGACGGUUGUAUGCAAGAUAUUUCGCUAGGGAAGACAAUGAAUUGGGCUCGGAGACGAGGGUGUUGACAGCCGAAGCCAGCAUCCCCCGGUCGCCGACCCGCUCCCGGCUGCGGUCUCUGGACAUCUUCCGGGGUAUCGCCAUUGCUCUCAUGAUUUUCGUCAACGCGGGAGGCGGUGGCUACGCGAUCUUCUCUCACGCUGUAUGGAACGGACUGACCGUGGCCGACGUGGUAUUCCCAUGGUUCGCCUUUGCCAUGGGACAAGCCUUGGUGCUCUCACUCCACGCGAGACUUAGGACAUCUAUGCCGCGGACUACGGCUUUCUAUCUGAUCGCCCGCCGCUCCCUGCUCCUGGCCAUCCUGGGCGUAAUCCUGGGCUCGGUCAACGUGUCCUGGAGCAACGUACGUCUCCCUGGAGUUCUCCAGCGGCUCGCUGCCAUGUACCUGAUCGUGGGCAGCGCGGAGUGUGCCUUUAUGAGGACCAGCCAGAAUAUUACACCGGGUCGGUCGCUGUUUCGCGACAUCGCCGCUGGGUGGCAGCAGUGGCUCAUAACUAUUAUUCUCGUCACUAUUCAGGUGUGCGUGACACUACUAGUGGCCGCCCCUGGCUGUCCCCGAGGCUACAUGGGUCCCGGGGGGCUGCACAUGUCCAUCACUGGGAACAUGUCUUUGCACAACUGCACCGGAGGCAUAGCCAGCUACAUUGACAGGCUGGUCCUCGGCGAGAGCCAUCUGUACCAGCGCGGCACAUUCCACAAGUUGUACCGCAGCAGCGUGCCCCACGACCCGGAGGGGCUGCUGGGGGUGCUGUCCGGGGUGCUGGUGCUGCAGGCCGGCGCGCACGCCACCAGGAUCAUGCUGGCCUACAACCACGCCAGAGCAAGAAUAAUGCGCUGGGUCUUCUGGUCUAUUAUAUUCGGCGUCUCGGGCGGCGCUUUAUGUCUGUUCACGAAGAACGGCGGUCCUAUACCCAUAAACAAGAAUCUAUGGUCGCUGUCUUACUGCCUGGUGACGGCCGGUAUGGCGUUCUUCAUACAGGCGGUGUUGUACUUCGUGGUAGACCUGAAGAACAGGUGGGGUGGACGGCCGCUGUAUUACGCUGGUCAAAACGCCCUAUUCCUCUACGUGGGCAGUGAGCUCCUCAAACACCACUUCCCACUGAUGUGGCACAUCUCCGCGCCGACUCACGCGCAGCUGCUGGCGACGCACGCCGCCGCCAUGCUGAUAUGGCUGGCGGUCGGCAUCGCCUUGCACAGGAAGAGGAUCUUUAUCACUUUGUAAUUGGAAUGGAAUAUCAAAUAUGGAAUGUUUUGAUGGGUAUGUUUUGGUUGGAAUUUAUAGGCGGUGAGUUUCAAGUUUAAAAUGAUAACUGUCACUUUGUAAUUGAUAUGGAGUUUUAAAUUUGGAAUGUAUUAUUUUGAUUGGAAUAGAUUGACGCGGAUUUGCAAAUUUAAAAUGGAAGAGUUGGAUUCUGAAACUGAAAUACUUGAAUGACAGAUGGCUUGUGAAUUAAGGUCAUUCAGCCAUAUCUAUUGCGACAUAAAUAACCAU